ACUCCUCCAGUGCACCCCUUGCCCCCUUUGCUUGCCUCCGUUUCCUGACACCCAAGGAGCCGGCCAACUAGCUAAGCCUCCUGGAUUAUAAGGGCCAAGGGUACAGAUGGCAGGCUUGGGCAUUCAAAGCCAUCUGCUUGGUUUAUUUGGUUGCCCUCCUAAGUAAAAGGGAAGAAAAGGAAAGGAGAAAAGAAAAGAAAAGCAAGCUUCUGGCAACUUGAACGGUUUGAAGACAUUGGCAUUCUCUAUGAAGCAUUUUCUGAUGGCACUCCUAAAUACUGUUGUGACAAGGAUGGCUCUGAAGGGGCUAGGCACCUCUGCACUCAUUCUGAUCAGGAUUUGAGUUCUGCUGUAUGCAUUUCAUGAUAACGACAGUUGACUCAGUAGACAUCUGCAAACCUAAACUAGAGCAAUGGUCCAGAAUAAUUCUUAGUUCUAGAGGUGCAGCUCCUCCCAAGGACCUCUGCUAAAGGUGGACACAGCCUCUCCAGAGCUCACCUGAAAGAUGAGUGAUGGCACAUGGAUCACCCUUAGUCCGGCAGAGUUUGCUCAGCUCCAGCAGUAUUCUGAGUAUUCCACAAAGAAAUUGAAAGAUGUUUUGGAAGAGUUCCAUGGGGAUGGUGUCCUAUCAAAAUAUAAUCCAGAGCAACCAAUUGACUAUGAGGGGUUCCAACUUUUCAUGAGAACAUAUCUGGAGGUGGAUAUUCCGGAGGAGCUCUGCCAGCACCUCUUCAUGUCCUUCAAACGAAAAGUCUGCCAAUAUUCCCCAGAGAACCAGCAGCAAAGUUCCAGCAUUAUGCAGCUCAACAAUCUUGAGUCCAAGACUAUUGAUACAGGCAUCUCCAUCCAGACCGAAGUUGCUUGUGCCCCUGUUACAGGAAUCAAUGGGAAAACUCUCCUCACUGCCAUGGGCAGGCACACACCUGAAUCCAAAAGCUCUCAGGCAAACCUGGCAGAACCACAAUUGGCAUCUCUAAGUCCCACUCCAACAGCCAACACCAAUGCCCUUGGGAAUGCCUCACCUAGCUGGUCCAGGUCAUCAUCACAGAAAUCCACUGCUGGCACCCCCUCUGCUCAUAACUCCUCAGGGUCCUCGAAGAUCUCCUCAGGUUCUCUGCUUAGCCCACAGUCCCCAGGCUCCAGAAGCUUGGAGAAGAAACUACAAUUCAGCCUCCGAAAGAGCCACAUCUCCCUGAAAACAGCCAGUCCGCAGUCGCCAGCCCCACUGGCUCAGGUAGUCUACCUGAAGGACAUUGUCUGCUACCUGUCACUGCUGGAAAGGGGACGGGCUGAGGAUAAGCUGGAGUUUAUGUUCCGCCUGUAUGACACAGAUGGCAAUGGCCUCCUGGACAGCUCGGAGCUGGAUCGUAUUAUUAAUCAGAUGGUUCAUGUAGCAGAAUACCUGGAGUGGGACUCCACAGAACUGAGGCCGAUCUUGAAAGAGAUGAUGGAAGAAAUAGACUAUGAUCAUGAUGGGACUGUGACACUGGAAGAGUGGAUUCGGGGUGGCAUGACCACCAUUCCUCUGCUGGUUUUGCUGGGCAUGGAAACAAACCUAAAAGAUGACGGACAGCAUGCCUGGAGGCUGAAGCACUUCAAGAAGCCUGCCUACUGCAACUUUUGUCGCACUAUGUUGCUGGGGGUCAGGAAGCAAGGCUUGUGCUGCUCCUUUUGUAAAUACACGGUCCAUGAAAGAUGUGUGUCCAAAGAGAUUGUCCCCUGCAUCAACACUUACGUGAAAUCCAAGAGAAAUACAAAUGUUAUGCAGCACACAUGGAUUGAGGGGAACUCUCCAGCCAAAUGUGAUCGAUGUUAUAAAAGCAUCAAAUGCUACCAGGGCAUUACCGGACUACAUUGUGUAUGGUGCCAAAUCACACUUCACAACAAAUGUGCCUCUCACAUGAAGCCUGAGUGUGAUGGUGGGCAGCUCAAGGACCACAUCUUACUGCCUUCCCACAUCUGCCCAGUGGUUCUGGAUAGGCAAUCCCACCCAAGAAGAUCAGACAGUGAAUCACCAUCCAGCACAACCCCAGAUGAUACAAACCUAUCCUUCAGAUACACCACCACCACAGUGGAUGGGCAUGGACUACAGAUCACCCUUAAGCCUGGAACACAUCCACUGUUGGUGUUUGUGAACCCCAAGAGUGGAGGAAGGCAAGGAGAAAGGGUUCAUCGGAAAUUCCAUUAUCUACUCAACCCCAGACAAGUUUAUAACCUGGAUCGAGGAGGACCCACUCCUGGUUUAAAUUUUUUCCGUGAUGCUCCAGACUUCCGUAUUCUGGCUUGUGGAGGAGAUGGGACAGUUGGAUGGAUCCUGGAUUGCAUAGAUAAGAUAAACUUAGCAAAGCAUCCUCCUGUGGCUAUCCUGCCAUUGGGAACAGGGAAUGACCUUGCCCGCUGUCUACGAUGGGGAGGAGGUUAUGAAGGAGGCACCUUAAUGAAAGUCCUGAAGGACAUUGAACACAGUACAGAAGUAAUGCUGGACCGAUGGCAAAUUGAUGUCAUCCCCACUGACAAAGAGGAGAAUGGGGAUCCUGUCCCCUACAGCAUCAUCAACAACUAUUUCUCCAUAGGAGUGGAUGCAUCCAUUGCACACAGAUUCCACAUGAUGAGGGAAAAACAUCCUGAAAAAUUUAAUAGCAGAAUGAAGAAUAAACUUUGGUAUUUUGAAUUCGGCACAACGGAAACCUUUGCUGCCACCUGCAAGAAGCUGCAUGACUAUGUAGAGAUUGAGUGUGAUGGAACAGUUCUGGAUCUGAGUAACACUUCACUGGAAGGUAUUGCAGUCCUCAACAUUCCCAGCAUGUACGGAGGCUCCAAUCUCUGGGGGGAGACCAAGAAACAACGCAGCUAUAACCGGAUGAGCAAGAAAGUACCUGAAAAGUUACAAUCCUCAGUUGUGACUGAUGCCAAGGAGCUCAAGUUCUGUGUUCAAGACCUCAGUGAUCAACUCCUGGAAGUUGUGGGCCUUGAAGGGGCUAUGGAGAUGGGGCAGAUCUAUACUGGACUGAAAAGUGCUGGCAAGAGACUGGCCCAGUGUUUCUCUGUUACCAUCAGAACAACCAAGCUGUUGCCCAUGCAGGUGGAUGGAGAGCCCUGGAUGCAGCCACCUUGUACAAUUAAAAUUACCCACAAAAGCCAAGUGCCGAUGUUGCUAGGACCUCCCCAAAAGAGCAGCUUCUUCUUCCUGAGGAGGAGAAACCGAACUCGAGACUAAUCUGCACCCAAGCAAAGAACAAUCUUCAGAAGCAGCAAUUCUCCAUUCCAGUGGCAACCAACCACACACAGGGAAAGCCUAUGGAAAAGAAACCUUCAGCCCUUCAGAUCUCCUGGCUUCUGAAUCUGCUUCGGAAACAUCAGUCUGGAGGCAGCAUUAUGAACUCUUAGUGGAAAAUAACAGGGUUGGCAUUCGGCAGUCAAACUGAAAUAGCGGUGUGGGUUUGUAUAUACAUGCACACAUAGCCACAUUCUCUAAAUAUCACUGGCAGGGAUAACACUAACAUUGAUGGCUCAGGAGGAUUUUUCCCCUCCUCAAUGCUACAAUCUAAGGAGGGGAAAACUCUCAACUGCUCUGGUUGGACUGUGGUGAACGUCGGGACUCUUCUGAAGAGAGCUGUUAUGGGCAGCCAUGAAUUACACAGCCCUGUCUGAAAGCAAACAGACAUGGAAAUGGCAUGUUUGAUGUAGCCCUGCAGAUGGGAUGUGGGAUCUUUUCCAUUUAUUCGGACUCUUUAGAACCGCAGAAGUUGCUGUUAAAACUCAUACUUGGCAAGAAACCAAGCUUCACUUUAUUUAUUUUUUAAAGUAUGUCAGAAGACUUUUGGCAUCUCGCUAUGCUGCCCUCAUGGUCACCAAAUCCUACAUAUUAUUACAAAUGUUAUUUAUUUGUUGCCUUAGUUUAGAAAAUGCUGGGGAGGUGAGAAGGGAAAGGAGGAGGGCACAUUAAUUCCCCCCCCAGCUCUUACAACAACAAUGUCCUCUGAUAGCUUGGUUGUAAUUUAAUUUUAAGCAGAAGUUCGUUAGGCGUUCCAUUUCAGAAGCUUAUAAAUGCUGAAUGCAGAGAUUGCCAGGAGAGGAAGCCAGAAUGAGUGAAGUCAACAAUAAAAAGGCAGGAGUCUCUCUUUUUUUUUUAAUUAGAAAGCAAACUCAGGGUAUUUUAAAUGUAUGAAUAGCCAGUCAUAUUGGUAUAUGACAACCUCAACAAAUUUGGGAGUCCUUUCAGCUUAGAUGUAGGCCACACCUCUCUCUCUUACUAUUUUUGUAUUCUCCUUUCAGUUUUGGAUGAUUUUUUCUUUUUUUCCAGUCUGACCACGUUUGACACACGUGAAACUGUUUUUAAGUUUUCCGUGGCAGCACAUACUGGAGAACUCCUCCAAACUCACUCUCAGCAUGGGACCUACUUUAAUCCAGCGGCAAAUAAUGUGAGUUGAGCUGAAUGUUAGAUGUAUUAUAACAUGCAGCAAGGAUUUGAUCCAGAACCAAGUGCAAAUUCUAUGGUUGGCAUUGGAAUGUCAUUUUAAAGGCCAGCUUGGUCCCAUGAUGAAAUUUAAGCAAACUCCGAGGUCAAACUAAAAAGCUAGUAUUUUCCCCCAUGGAUUUGUAACAGAGCACAGAAGAGAACUCUAAAGAACUGAGAAACACAAGAAAUGAAAAUGGUUAUAUGUUCUGAUAUGAAUUGGAUACCCAGGUUGCCUGCUGUUCUUAUGUGCUCUAACUCUUUUAACUGUAUAGACUAUGAGUCAAAUUUUGAAUUGGGCAAAAGCAUAAUGUGGCAUUCAAUGUUAUCCCAAGCCACAUCAGGUUGGAUCCACCAAUAGCCCUCAUGCCAUCUUGAUCCAAUUCCCCCCUUUUUUUUUGUUUGAAAGAGCCUGAGAAGUGGGAUCCAUGAACAGCUUGAAUAGCCUGUAACAUGACUGUUCUUCAAAACAAACCAAUCAUUGGCAAAUUGGCCAAUGAAAGAGUAUUUUUAUUGCAUCAAUCCCUGUAAAAGGGUCUGAGCCAGAAAGUGUUCUUAAAUAUAACCUUCUUCAGUGUGAAGUAGGUUUGCAGGACUUUGUUUGGGUGGUUCUUGCUCCCAGUUUAAUGCUGCUCAGGUUCAAGUAUAUCUCAUUUACCUUUAACUACAGAAGAAUAAAGAAGUGUUAAUUGGCUGUCCUUGUUGGAUGACAGUACCAUGUGGAAGGCUCUCCUCUACAUAUCCAGGAGAAAGGAAUGCAAUCUGAUGUAUUCUUUAAAAGUCUUGAAAAAGCUAAUGGUACAAUUCCAUCUGUUGUGCCUAUUUAUUUAACUGCUUAAAUAAAGAGGAAUGAUGUUCUCAGUUAAUGUAGUUCUUUCUAGAUUAAGACAUCUGGCUUCACCUAGAAAGAACCCCAUCUAAUGCUCUGAAUAAGCUAGGAAAUCUGGUGGAGACUUUGGCAUCCAUGAGAACAUGACUGUAUUUUCAUAGAUAUCCUGUAUUGCCAUCAUGAACUGUACAGUGCUGAAGUGUUUCCGUUGGGACUUAUUGGGAUGAUGGUAUGUUCCAGAGAGUAUCCUGAUGAUUCUGCAAGGGGCAAAAUGUAGAACAAGCUGUAAUGACUGUGCAGAUUAGUUCUUACAAUUGGAAAUUUGGGGGGAUUUCUCCAAAUAGGAAAAUGUUGACCUGGUGGUCUCAGGAAUUAUUGAGCCCUACUUACUGCAUUGCUUGCCUCUUUGGGGCUCUGUGGCAGCAGUUCCCACAGAGUGACAUUUACACUCAAUAGACCAAGUGUUCAUGUGCAACUUAUUUUUGUGGGACAGAAGAUAUCUUAUUGGCUAUCAGCUUCAUUAUCCCACCUGCUUCCCUUCCUCCCUUUCCAUAGCUCCAUUUUCUUCUUGCUCUGCUCUGCUCACCUGUCUCAUAACACCUUUGCAUCUAAACAUCUUUGUCUCUUGUCUUUUCUGUAUUUUGCUUCUUUUUGAUUUUGGUUCUUAACCAGAAUCAAUGAUGCAAGUACAGCUUAUAUUCUCUUUUCUCAAAUAUAAUUAUCUUCUGCCAUUGAUUUGGUCUUUGGUUUGGGUUUGGUUUAAUGAGUGUAUAGUAAAGAAGAAGAAUUUCCCCAGUAGCUAACAUCCAGAAAUCUUUGGGUUGCUGAGUAGAAAAACAACACAGCAGGAAUUCUGGUCCCUUUGGAGUUUUUAAUUCAGUUCUAAUCAGAUCUUAGGCCAGUUUAUCAAUAUGAUGCAAAACCACAGUAGAGACAGGUGUUAGGCACUAGACAUUUCAUAGUCUUAGGAUAGAUCAGCCUUCCCUGAUAUAGCACCCUCCAGAUGUUUUAGACUAUAACUCUCAUCAUCCCUGACUGUUGUCCAUGCUGACUUAGGUUAUACUCCAAAACAUCUGGAGAGCACCAGGUUGGGGAAGACUGGAAUGGAACCUAAAAUAUUUUUUAUUUUUCUACAGAUGGAAAUAUACUAAUAGAGAAAACUUUAGGCAAUGGACCAGGAUUUGGUACAGUGAAAAAAAUAAGUGUUUGCCUCUCUGAAAUCUGAGGACGUACCAGUGCCACAGCCUUAAACUGAUGUACAAGUUAGUCCCUAUCUCAGGGAACUAUCAUUCUAAGAAGAGGGCAAUUAGCAGAAUUUUCAGCACCCUAACCAAAACCAAAUCAUUCCCAUGAUUUGUUGGUGGAAAUCAUGACAAUUAAAUGGGCAUAAAGUUGUACCUUGAGCGUUUAUAGGCAUGCUGUAGAUCAGGGGUUCCCAAACUGUGGUCCAUGGGCCACCAGUGGUCUGCAAGCUUCAUUCAGGUGUUCUGCAGCAUGCCUGUGGAUUUGUCUUUAAAGAUGGGAAAUGGUACAUCCAUCACAUUGAAUAUGCACAUUGAUUUUUAAUUUUAUUUUUAAUUGCUUCUUUUAUUUCUUGUAUUGUAUUUUAUUGUAUUACAAUUUGAAUUCUACAGAAUUACAAUUGCUACAAGAGGCAGAAAAGUCAUUGAGUGAUCCACCAAGACCCUCAGCAGUUUUAAAGUGGUCUGUGGAGACAUAUGUUUGGGAACCACUCAGUAGUGUAGUGGUAAAUUAAGAAGUGCAGGGUCCCUUCAUGUUAAUCACAGCCACAUGACUUUUUUGCUGCUGGGUUGAGAAUGAUGUCCUUGUUAAUGCCUCCUCCCACAACAACAGACAACCCUAGGAGCCCUUCAGCAUGAAAGGGGAUAGUGUUAGCUACUGAGAAGAGUGUUCUCACUGGCUGACUCACCUCCUUUUACCCUGAUUGGCUCAUAGGAUAGUGGAGACCUUGCUGGGACCCUGCUUCCAAAAAAAUAAGGGGUCUAAGACCCCCCCAAGACCCUGGAUGAG